CAAAAACAAGAUAAGUAAAAUGACUGUAAAUAGAAAAUUUAAGUUUUGAUUUGUGUGACACUAAAUAUUACUCCUACCUUUUUCGGAAUUCACUUUGUAUAUUUAAAAGAGUCAACGAAGUUCUUAAGUUAUGACUUUGGUUUGUAACCCAUGCGUUGGGUUGCUCUGUCUGAAACUUGAAAACCAUUUAUGAUCCCAAUGUAUCUGAGACUUCUUGAAUCCUGUAUUCGAUCAAGGAAUCUGACAUUAGGUCAGAUCAUUCAUCAGCAACUUCUUAAACGCUCCCUUACGUUGCGUUCCUCUACCCUCCUCGUCAAUUUAACCCGUCUUUACACAUCAUGCAACCAAGUCGAACUUGCACGCCAGGUGUUCGAUGAAAUUCCUCAUCCCAGGACGAACCCAAUCGCGUGGGACGUGAUGAUCAGAGCCUAUGCAUCGAAUGAUUUCUCGGAGAAAGCUUUGGAUUUGUACUACAAGAUGGUCGAUUCUGGUGUUAGACCCACGAAAUACACUUACCCGUUUGUGCUGAAAGCAUGUGCUGGUCUGCGAGCAAUGGAAGAUGGUAAGCUGAUACAUAGCCAUGUGACAUGUAGCGACUUCACUACUGAUAUGUAUGUGUGUACUGCUCUCGUUGAUUUCUAUGCUAAAUGCGGGGAACUAGAUAUGGCAUUACAAGUGUUCGACAAAAUGCCUAAAAGAGAUAUUGUGUCAUGGAACGCUAUGAUUUCUGGGUUUUCUUUGCAUUGCUCUUUAACUGUUGUCAUUGGAUUGUUUUUGGAUAUGCGUAGAAGCAGCGAUGGACUCAGGCCUAAUUUAUCAACAAUCGUUGGGAUGUUUCCUGCACUAGGAAAGGCUGGUGCUUUGAGGGAAGGGAGAGCUGUUCAUGGGUAUUGCACACGGAUGGGUUUUAGCAAUGAUUUAGUGACGACACCAGUGGCCAUUGGGAUUAUUCUGAUGGGUUGUGCAAGGUUUGGAGAUCUGAAUGGAGGGCGAUGCGUACAUUGUUACGCGGUUAAAGCAGGCUUCAUCUUAGACUUAACUGUUGGAAACACCAUUAUUUCAUUCUACGCCAAGUAUGGAAGCUUAUGCGAUGCUUUUAAGCAGUUUAGUGAGAUUGGCUUGAAAGACGUUAUUUCAUAUAAUUCUUUAAUCUCUGGGUGUGUGGAGAACUGUCGUCCUGAAGAGAGUUUACGUCUAUUUCAUGAUAUGAAAUCAUCUGGAAUUAGGCCAGAUAUAACAACACUGCUUGGUGUCUUAAACGCUUGUUCUCACUUGGCUGACUUGGGACACGGUUCUAGUUGCCAAGGGUAUUGUGUUGUUCAUGGCUAUUCAGCUAAUACAAGCAUUUGUAAUGCACUGAUGGAUAUGUACACAAAGUGCGGGAAACUUGAUGUAGCCAUGAGAAUUUUCGACACAAUGCAUAAGCGGGACAUAGUUUCGUGGAACACAAUGCUGUUUGGAUUUGGAAUUCAUGGGCUUGGAAAAGAAGCUCUUUCUCUGUUUAAAAGUAUGCGUGACACAGGUGUGAACCCAGACGAGGUGACUUUUCUUGCUAUUUUGUCUGCUUGUAGCCAUUCAGGACUUGUGGAUGAAGGGAAACAACUGUUCAAGUCCAUGUCUCGAGGAGAUUUCAUUGUCAUCCCAAGAAUAGACCAUUACAUUUACAUGACUGAUCUUCUAGCACGUGCCGGACACUUAGAUGAAGCUUAUGACUUUGUCAACAAGAUGCCAUUUGAGCCAGACAUUCGCGUGUUGGGUACACUUCUCUCUGCUUGUUGGACGUACAAUAAUGUGGAACUUGGGGAUGAAGUGUCGAAAAAGAUGCAGAGUCUUGGAGGAACAACAGAAAGCCUAGUUCUUCUCUCCAACACCUAUUCAGCUGCUGAGAGAUGGGAAGAUGCAGAGAAUAUUAGAAUGACACAGAAGAAAAGAGGGCUUCACAAGUCCCCUGGUUUUAGCUGGGUCGAUGUUUGAUUAUUAUGAGGAUCUUAAGCAGCACCUUGAGUAUUCUUGGAAGUCUGGCAUUAUCAAAAAUUGGCU